UGUGUGCUCCUGAUCCUACUGCGCAUGCUCUAAUUCUUUGUUUACGCCCCCCAUGUUGAUAUCACAUGAACCCUCAAAAAUAAAGAUGGCGGCUGCGUCUUUGGUCCUUAGCAGGAGGCUGUCUCUGUCUGCCAGGAGCUCGAGGGCUUGGGGCCGGGCGCGGGAGGCUGCUGUUCCUCUGACUGAUCCAAUAGAUGCUGGAGCACCACCCAAUGUUACUAGGCAACCUUCAGAAGAGUUGAAGAUCUCCAAGCUGAGCAAUGGAGUGACUGUAGCAUCCCUGGAGAACCACUCCCCCCUGUCCAACAUCUCGGUGUAUGUGAGGGCGGGCAGUCGCUUUGAGAAGUACAACCAACUGGGGGUCACCCAUCUCCUCAGAGAGCAUGCCUUCCUGAGCACUGACAAGAGGACUACCUUCCUCACUGCCAGAGAGUGUGAUGCUAUGGGUCUGACACUCAAUGCCACCACCACUAGGGAGAACAUGAUCUACUCCUCUCAGUUCUUCAGAGGAGACAACACUGAGAGCCAAGCCCUUGAUGUGCUGGGGUCUGCUAUGAUCUGCCCCCGGUUUCAGCCUUGGGAGAUAAAGGACUAUAUCAACAAGACACGACUCAGUCUGGCCAUCGCCGCUGCUCAGCCCUACACUGUUGUCAUGGAGGCAUUACACCAGGCUGCUUUCAGAAAUACCCUCAGCAAUUCAAUCUAUUGUCCUCCUCACAAUGUCGCCACACUCACCAACCUCGAUUUAAAGUCGUAUAUGGACGAGUGGUACUCUGGAAAGAGGACGAGCAUAGUGGGGGUCGGAGUGAAUCACGAUCAAGUGGUGCAACUCGCUGAGCAGUGGUUUAGUGAACUCCCUGAGGGGAUCGGGGCUAGCGAGGAACAGUGUGAAUAUAUCGGAGGUGCUGAGGUGCGUAUGUCCACUCCCUCAUAUCUGACCCAUACUGCCAUCGUGUCAAAAGGAGCCAGCUUGAAGGGCACACAUGGCGAUCUGAUUGCUGCUGGGGUCCUGCAGAACCUCCUGGGGGCAGCACCUCAGGGCAACGUGGUCUGGGGCGCCAACACUGGGUCUAGGCUCUUCAAAGCUGGGUCUGUAGCAGUGGAGUCUCCAUUUACUGUAUCAUCUCUCAACCUGUGCUACACUGAUAGCGGACUGUUUGGAAUCUACCUAGUCUGUGAUGGUGACGAUACCGGAAAGCUUCUCCCAGCAAUCAUGAAAGAUUUCAGUGAUGUGGCCAGAGGCAGUGUCAGCGAUGAGGAGUUGACUAGGGCAAAAAACCAGCUCAAGGCUAGUUACCUAAUGAGCACUGAGACACAGUCUGGGUUGGUGGAAGAUAUUGCAGCACAGGUAAAUCUAAAAGGCAGCUACACUUCUCUGGAGGAGACAAUGAAGCAUGUCGACUCUCUCACUAAGGACGAUAUUGUCAAGUUUGCCAAGACUGUGUUCAGCACUCGACCCAGCAUCGUUGCCUAUGGCAACCUCUCCACUGCCCCAAGGCUGGACAAACUAGUAGCUGAGUUGUCACUCAAAUAGCUGUCGCCUAGUGACUCAUUGUGUAUGUGUCUGUUUAGAUGAUUAUAAUAUUAUUGGCCAUAGUCUAUUUAAAUUCA